CUACCGGCGAACAACAGGCAGUGGGAAACGAGAUUUUGCGGUGCGCGUAAUUUGCUUGAAAUUAGAUUUAAUCAGAUGUUUUCAGAUUCAUAUCUGAUUCUAUUAUAUUCUGUUCUGCCAAAUACUAUGGUUAACUAUCAUCUUUGGAACAAUAUUAGGUUUAAACUAAAUGUGUCUGAAUUGUUAUAUAGCUAAGCUUUACGUAAUUAUAUCAUUGUUUUUUAUAAUAAUGUAGUAUUUCAUAAUUGAUAAGUCAGAUAUAACCUAAUAGUGUUUUGCCAGUUGUUGGUUCAGGCUACAAUAUUCCAGUUCCAGUUACCUCCAAAUGAUGGCGACAAAAUACACAAGAUGGCUCAACCAUCCAUCCAAUUAAAUGACUGCAUAUACUGAUGUGUCACUUCUUUUUUGUUAUCGUCAUCAUCAAUCCUAAUUAAAAGUAAAAAUUGAUAGUAGCUGUAAAGUGCAUUAGUGUAAAUAUUGUCAGGUAACAGUUGUCAGGUUGCUCUCCUUUCAACCAAUUAGUAACCCUGCAACUGAUAAGUCUGGUAGUAUUAAUCUAAUAUGCAUUUACCGUAGAAAAACAACAAAUCACAAUAGCCAGGCUAGCGGUUUUAACUUUUGAUUCAUUAUGUGAUCCUAUUACUUGGAGUAUUAGACAAACAAUAUGCUAAUUUAAAUGUUUUUAAUAAGACAAAAAUAUAAUUCUUAUGAAUACAUAUAUUCUGUGGAGCGGCAACGCUGAGAACCAAAGAGCAGCAGAACUCUGAUCCCCAGAAGACACUGGUCACAACAAUAUUUACUCACUGGGCCCAUAGAGAUUACUCCUCCCAGGAACAGUGGUGGGAAUGUGAUGGAAGCGGGAAGUAUGUGUUAGUCUCUGACAGGAUGUGAGAAUUUAUGUUUGCCUUCCAGUGUAGCCACUUAGAAAAGAAGUAAAAGGAUGUUUCCUCUACUGACGAGGUCCAUACCCACCAGGUCCAUUGUUUACAGGAAUGCCACUCAGCGGGUUCAACGGUCAAACAUCUACAGCAAACCAGCCAAGGAUUCCAUUGGACCGAUGCAGUCCCUUUUCACGCUGGCAACGUUUGCCGUGACGCUCCUGGUUCCUGCAGGAUGGAUCCUACACCAGAUUCCGGUUUACCGUCAAAGAUCGCCACCACCUCCCCCCUGACGCGGAGAUCAGUCCCACACUGAAGCCGAGAUGUAACUGAUGGGAACAUAGAUGAUAUUUCCUGUUGCAUGCAAAUUAGUGAGAACGUGUUGCACAACUCUCCUAUAGCGUAUUGUUUUUUUAUUUAGAGUAUGCACCACAAAUGUAUUGCACUGCUUUCUGUAAUGACGCUGAGGGAGAAAAAGAACACUGAGUACACACAGGAAAUAAAUAACAUGUUGGAAUGGAUUCUGUCUGCGUUUAGAGAAAUCUAUUUGUUUGUUUAACCCAGGCAGAGGACUAUGUGUAGGUCAGAGGGAAGUUCAGGACCACACUCAAGUCCCAGGAUGUUGUGGAUAAUAUUUUGAUCGAAACCAUGUUCUGGCUUGAAUCUGAGAGCUGUGUUAAUCACAUAAAAUAUACAGGUAAUAUUUUACAUAUCUGUUCUUCUGAUAUAACAGUGGAGACUCCAUAAUCCAAUGUUUAAUGAAUCUACAAUCAUUCACAUUAACUCAGAAAAUACCAACAACGUUUGUAAAAUAGAGAAAUGCGUAGCCUACUAUGGUCAUUAGGUAAAGCAGAUUAAGGCAGUGUGUCAACAAUCUGUUGCAUAUGUUGUCCCAGCAAGCACGGCUCAGUCCAGUGAAGAGACAUACUCAUGGGUGAACCAUAUUUACCCCCCAUCAUUCUUCACCUUAAAUUGACUAUUUCUUGAAUGACAAUUUAUCAAAACCGGAGCAGUCCAUUUGACAAGGUACGACGUUCAGUUCUGCAUCAAGAUUUCUCUCUCACCGGCAUCGGGGCUUUAACGCUUUCCCCAAUUCAUAAAUCGGUCUCGUGUCGCCGAACGCUUCGUGUUGGUGAUUGGUGCAGGAGCCACUGCGAACUGUAACACGUUCAUUUCACAAGUGGUACAAUCAAGCCGAGCUCGGAGCGAGGAAGGGGAGAUCACUUUUCACGACUGGAGGAAACACAGCGCCGGCGAGGAAACAAUUGACAGUGUGCUUUUCUCUUUCCCAUUCUAAAAGUGCUGUCCGAAAUGUCUACCAAGGCAGAGCAGUUUGCUUCUAAGAUACGGUACUUGCAAGAGUAUCACAACCGUGUGCAACACAAUAUUUACCCUGUGCCUUCUGGAACAGACAUUGCAAACACACUGAAAUACUUUUCCCAAACCCUACUCAGCAUUCUGUCCCGCACAGGCAGGAAGGAGACCCAGGAAGCUUCCAAUUUGGCCGUGCCCAUGACCAUGUGUCUUUUUCCUGUGCCAUUCCCACUCACCCCAUCUCUAAGACCACAAGUCAGUUCCAUCAACCCUACAGUUACUCGCUCCCUCCUUUACAGCGUUCUGCGCGAUGCCCCGUCUGGCCGCGGGGGGCAGGGGCAGCAGAGUCGGGACGCUCAGCUCUCAGAGUACCCCUCUCUGGACUAUCAGGGCCUCUAUGUGACCCUCGUGACCCUGCUUGACCUGGUGCCCCUGCUGCAGCACGGUCAGCAUGAUCUUGGACAGUCCAUAUUUUACACUACAACUUGCCUCCUGCCCUUUCUCAGUGAUGAUAUUCUCAGCACUUUGCCCUAUACUAUGAUCUCCACUUUAGCCACAUUUCCCCCUUUCCUUCACAAAGACAUCAUUGAAUACCUGAGCACAUCUUUUCUUCCUAUGGCGAUAUUGGGUUCGACUCGAAGGGAGGGGGGUGUACCCGCGUAUGUCAAUCUCUCUGCCUCCUCUAUGCUAAUGAUAGCCAUGCAGUACACCUCAAACCCAGUGUAUCACUGUCAGUUGUUGGAGUGUCUGAUGAAGCACAAGCAGGAAGUGUGGAAGGACCUGCUUUACGUCAUAUCCUACGGACCGUCCCAAGUGAAGCCCCCCGCCGUGCAGAUGCUGUUCCACUACUGGCCCAACCUGAAGCCCCCCGGAGCCAUCAGCGAGUACCGGGGUCUGCAGUACACAGCCUGGAACCCCAUCCACUGUCAACACAUCGAGUGCCACAAUGCCAUCAACAAACCUGCGGUCAAGAUGUGCAUCGACCCUACUCUUUCCGUUGCCCUGGGCGACAAGCCGCCGCCCCUCUACAUCUGUGAGGAAUGCAGUCAGAGGAUCGCAGGAGACCACCCUGAUUGGCUCGUUGACGUUCUCCUGCCCCAAGCUGAGAUAUCCGCCAUUUGUCAAAAGAAGAACUGUAGCUCCCACGUCAGAAGGGCGGUUGUCACCUGCUUCUCAGCUGGCUGCUGCGGGCGCCAUGGCAACCGGCCUGUCCGCUACUGCAAGCGUUGCCAUGUCAACCACCAUAGCAGCGAGGUGGGGGCUGCGGCAGAGACCCAUCUCUACCAGACCUCGCCGCCCCCCAUCAACACCCGGGAGUGCGGGGCGGAGGAGCUGGUGUGCACCGUGGAGGCUGUCAUCAGGUUGGCAUCCAGCAACAAUUUCCCUGGACAAGCAGAGAGUAUGCUGAUCCCAGGGAACGCGGCGGGCGUGGCAAAGCAGUUCCUCCGCUGUAUGUUCCAUCAGCUGGCCCCCAACGGCAUCCUCCCCCAGCUCUUUCAGAGUAACAUCAAAGACGGAAGCUUCCUCAGAACACUGGCGUCGUCUCUGGUCGACUUUAACGACCUGAGCUCCGUGGCCGCCCUCAACAUGUUGCUGGAGGGGCUGAACAAUAAGAAGAGUCUGCCAGCAGGGGGCACUAUGCUGCACUGCCUGGACAACAUCGCCACCUUCAUGGAGGCCCUGCCCAUGGACUCCCCCAGCAACCUGUGGACCACCAUUUGCAAUCAGUUCCAGACCUUCCUGGCCAAGUUGCCCUCUGUGCUGCCUCUUAAGUGUCCUGUGGAUUCCAGUUUGAGGAUCAUCAUUUGUCUGCUGAAGAUCCCCACCACCAACGCCACGCGGAGCCUGCUGGAGCCCUUCUCCAAGCUGGUGAGCUUCGUCAUCCAGUACGGGGUCUUCAGCCUGUCCUACCUGGUGGAGCUGUGCGGCCUGUGCUACAGAACCUUCAACAAGGAGAGGGAUAAGUUCUACAUGUCUCGCAUUGUGGUGAUGGAGCUCCUGCAGGCCCUGAAGUUCAAGUCCCCUCUCCCCGACACAAACUUACUGCUGCUGGUUCAGUUUGUCUGUGCAGAUAUUGGAACGCGGCUGGCGGAGUCCACCAUCAUCCAGAAGCACAUGAUCUCAUCGCUGCCAGUGUGCUCGACGGCGGCGAUGGAGUGCAUGCGGCAGUACACCAGCGAGCUGCUGGACUUCAUCGCUGACAUGCACACACUGACCAAACUCAAAAGCCACAUGAAGGCCUGCUGCCACCCCCUGCACGAGGACACCUUCGGGGGCAACCUGAAGGUGGGCCUGGCCCAGGUGGCCGCCAUGGAGAUCAGCAAGGGCAACCACCGCGACAACAAGGCGGUGGUCCGCUACCUGCCCUGGCUCUAUCACCCCCCCUCCGCCAUGCAGCAAGGGCCCAAGGAGUUCAUCGAGUGCGUGUCCCACAUCCGGCAGCUCUCCUGGCUGCUGCUGGGGUCCCUGACGCACUGCGCCCUGUUCCAGGGCUCCACCGCCUGCAUGCCCAUCCCUCUGGACGCGGGCUCGCACAUCGCAGACCACCUCAUCGUCAUCCUCAUCGGCUUCCCCGAGCAGUCCAAGACGUCGGUGCUCCACAUGUGCUCCCUGUUCCACGCCUUCAUGUUCGCCCAGCUGUGGACCAUCUACUGUGAGCAGGCGGCGGCGGCGCCGGCCCUCCAGAACCAGAACCACAACGAGUUCUCCUCCAGCGCCAUCCUGACGGGCCUGGAGUUCUGGAGCCGGGUCACGCCCAGCAUCCUGCAGCUAAUGGCGCACAACAAAGUGAUGGUGGAGAUGGUGUGCCUUCACGUCAUUAGUCUAAUGGAAGCCCUGCAGGAAUGCAAUUCAACUAUAUUUGUCAAGCUCAUCCCCAUGUGGCUGCCCAUGAUCCAGUCCAACCUCAAGCACCUGUCUGCGGGGCUGCAGCUGCGUCUGCAGGCCAUCCAGAACCGCGUGAACCACCAGUCGCUGCAGGGCCAGGCCCCGGGGGCCCUGCCGCUGGCCCUGCGCAAGUGGCUGCAGUGCACCCAGUUCAAGAUGGCCCAGGUGGAGAUCCAGUCCUCAGAGGCCGCCUCCCAGUUCUACCCCAUGUGAGCCCCUCCGUGCGGCCCGCCCAGGCACUCCGGCAGGCGCCCACUUUGACCCAAGCAGAAAAAUGAAUCCGCAUCCAAAGACCCUUAAUGAGGAGGUCUGAAGCUGGAGAACCGCCAGAGAGAAGGGCCUUCAGGUUCAGGAGAGCGGUUCAGGAGAGCGCGCGGUCUUCAGGAGAGCCGACGGUCUUCAAGGUUCAGGAGAGCGGUUCAGAAGAGCGAACGGUGUUCAGGUUCAGGAGGGCGAACAGCCUUCUGGUCCAGGAGUUUCCAGGAGGCAGAAGCAGUGCCAUGUCGGUCUAUCAGGUGCCAGAAUGUACAUAAACCAACCAGAAAUUGAUAUACCGAACAUCUUUAUGUUAUAUAUAACAGAGAGUAUCUGAGAUGUUUAUUCACUACGAGAUAGAUUCACACUGCGGUCUUCAUAACGUUGAACUUUUUAGAAUACUUGGUUGCAAGAGGAUGAAUA